GGUAUUAUGGAAAAUAUCAGGAUACUUGGAUAUCAAGGCAAGACGUCGUGUCGGUUGUAUCGGAAAGACUGUCUUGAUCGGCUUGGAAGACCAUUUUGUAAUGGAACACAGAACCAGUGUCGAUGCAACAUGACUGCACAGGACUGGUUUGAGACUCCGAGAGAUGUGUGGUUCAAAGAUACAUUUGUGGUAGACAACAUCGAAUAUAUUCCCAUCGAAACUGUGAAAAUGAAAGGUGCUACCUACCCAAACCAGUUAAGAGUCGCUGUUGGACCACUUGUCUGUAAUUCAACUAUGCCAAUGGCUUCAGACAAAAUUAAAUGCAACAAUGGAAAAGUAGUUCCUGCUGAUACUCGCUGCAUAUAUAAUGUGGAUAGAUACGGAUCUGUGACUGGAUGCAGGGAUAACACACAUCUCCUUGACUGUGAAUCGUUCGAAUGUCCUCACGGCUUUGUGAAAUGUCCUAACAGUUUUUGUAUACCAAUAAAGUCCGUCUGUGAUGAGCGUAUGGAUUGCAGAUUUGGUGAAGACGAAUUAUUCUGUGAUUCUUGGAAAUGUCCAAACCAGUUCAGAUGCAGAAAUUCAAGAACAUGUAUACACAUGUCUCAGGUAUGCAAUGGCUAUAGCGAUUGUUCUUCAGGCGACGACGAAACACACUGCAACACUACUUGUCCCUUCUUCUGCACGUGUAUUGCGGGUUAUACAGAUUGCAGCAUGAAUAAAGUGAAUCUCAGAAGCCUUUCAUAUGUUCCGAAGGACACAAGAAAGCUCAAUUUGAAUAAUAACCGAGUGUUUUUUAAUGAUGAUAAAUCUUUCUUUGAGGCCUUCCAAUACUUGGUCGAACUAAGUUUGGCACACUGUAAUAUUUCAUCGAUACCAGAUUUUAUAUUUUGGAAUCUUAAAAAUUUGCAUAAGCUGGAUUUAAGUUAUAACAAGGUUGCGAAAAUCUCACAACAGUCAUUCAACGGAUUGGAAAAUCUGAAAGAAAUAAAACUAGAAGGA